GCUCGAUCUCAUUCGUAGCUCUCUGAUCAUCUUCACUCCAAGUCCAGUCACAUAACGUCGUUUCGCGCGCUAGUAUUUAGUAUUGAGUCACUAGAAAAGCUGAGAAAUGCAUCUUCGUCACUGCCGAAUACCCGUACCAUAAGCUGUGGAAAGCUCUACAUAGUACUAUGCGUACGCCGGCCAACUAACCUAGGUAGGUACCCAACUCAAUAUCCACAGCGUGUCGUUCCAGGCCAUCGGGUUACCAUGGGACCAUGCCCAACAGCUACGAUGCCGCAAUACGAAGAGGCCCACUUAGUCAUUGAAUGUCAUGGCCGGCUUUUGCACACGUCAGACUAAGGGUCACGCAAGAUGCCGGCCGAAGCGGUUGGUCUUUGUGCUGUUGUAGACCAGCAACUAUAUAUGUCUACUUUAACAAUUCUUCUCUCCUUCGACUUCAUGCAUAUCCUACUUCAAGAACCACUCGACUUGUGUGCAGAAAACCAAAUCAUCACCAACCGGAACGCCUCGCAACACUUUUGGGACCAACGCAGGAACACGCAAGACACGCAAGACACGCAAAAACACGUAGAAGCAAACACGCAGAAUGGACCCUCGCUACGGUAGUCCCGUCUACCAAGACGGACGACAAUAUGGGGGGGAGUCUACUUCUUACUACGGCGGACAACCCCAGCCCCAGCAGCCCCAGCCCAACGCACAAUAUGGGUAUUCGCAUCCAGGUGGUGCCCCGGGUGGGCCUCAAGGAUAUGGUGGUCAGCCAGGAUAUGGUCAACAACCACCACAACCGUACGGACAACCACAACCAGUAUACGGACAACCACAACAACAAGGAUACGGUGGUCAGCCUAACAACCCGCCCUAUGGAGAUGUACCCUACGACUUCCCUGGAGGAGAUCGAUACGACGAUCGUCAACCGCACCACUCGCCCUCCCCCUACCACAAUGGAACCCCGUACCCCCCACCUAACAACAUGCCCCCAGGCGCUGUUGGCCCUGGAGGGGAUGGAGAUCGUGGUCUAAUGGGAGGUCUGGCCGGCGCGGCCGUUGGCGCCUAUGGGGGGCACAAGAUGGGGCAUGGGAUCAUAGGAGCGCUGGGCGGAGCCUUCGCCGGACAUAAAUUAGAAGACUACGCCCACGAUCGCCACGAGAGGAAGGAAGAGGAAAAGCUGCACCACACAUCCUCCAUCAACUCCUCCUCAUCCGGCUACUACAACAGCAACCACAACAACCACAGCACCCACAGCUUCCACAACCCCUCCUCCGACCGCGGCAUCAUGGGCCACAACGACGGCAACUUCUCGUCGACCUCGCACGACAUCCACCUCGAGGGCGACUACGACCUCAGCGCGAACUGCCGGCUGCGCGACGGCGGCAGCCGCACCAGCAUCGUCAACCUCAACGACGUGCUCAGCAACCAGGACGGGCACUUCCGGUGGAAGCAGCCGGGCGGCGGCUCCGCCAGCGUCACCGUGCAGUCGGGCGACACCCUGCGCAACAUCGCCUCGCGCUUCAACGUCUCCGUCGACGACAUCGCCCGCCACAACAACAUCUCCGACCCCGACCGCAUCUACCCGGGCCAGAACCUCCAGGUCCCCGGACGCGCCACCGGAAACUUCGCGUCCUCCGCCAGGGACAUCCGCCUCGUCGACGGGGGCCGCGUGCUCGAGGCCGAGCUGCUCGACGUCCACGGCAACUGGCACCGCCGCUCGAUCAACCUCGACGAGAGGAUAAGGAACGAGGAUGGGUGCCUGCGCUUGAUCUAGAGUUGCCGCCUACCUGACCUACCUACCUACUUGGACCUAGUGUAAGGAGAAAAAGGGAGGAACGAAUGGAUGAUUUGAUGAAAGGGGAGGGCUUUUUUUUUUUUUCUUGAAAAUUAAAAAAAAAAAUCCUUUCUUGUUUUUC